UUCCAGGUUGGUUCAGCCUCGGUCUACUCCGGGGUGGUGCUUAGCCGGCGCCAGACCGACCCUCGACUUCGGAGAGGUAGUGCCGUACCUUUGGGCGCUUCUCCCUCGGCUUCUUCGGCUUCCGCAGCCUACUCAGCCUCCGUGCCGUCAGCGGAUACCAGAGACCUCGGUGUAUGCCCCACCCCUGACCCAACUAGAGAUAUGUCCACCCCGGCCCGGCGGCGUCUCAUGAGGGACUUCAAGAGGUUGCAGGAGGAUCCCCCAGCGGGAGUCAGCGGGGCUCCGUCUGAGAACAACAUAAUGGUUUGGAACGCGGUCAUUUUUGGGCCUGAAGGGACCCCUUUUGAGGAUGGAACGUUUAAGCUUACAAUAGAAUUCACUGAGGAAUAUCCGAAUAAGCCACCUACGGUUAGAUUUGUCUCUAAGAUGUUUCAUCCAAAUGUCUAUGCAGAUGGUAGUAUAUGUCUGGACAUACUUCAGAACCGCUGGAGUCCAACUUAUGAUGUGUCUUCCAUUUUAACAUCUAUACAGUCUCUAUUGGAUGAACCCAACCCCAAUAGUCCAGCAAAUAGCCAGGCUGCUCAGCUGUACCAGGAGAACAAGCGGGAAUAUGAAAAACGUGUUUCUGCAAUAGUGGAACAGAGCUGGCGUGAUUGUUGACCCGGGCGCAGCAAAAGAAGCUGGUCAUAUGAAAAAUAUAUAUUGAUGUGUUUGUCAUCUUCCUAUUCCUCAGUGUCAUUAUUUACUUUAUUAAAUGCAAAAUAGCUGUUGUGCUGUUUCCAUCUUCCCUUGCCAAGAUUUUCCUACCCUUCUACCCACUCCUCAAACAUCAGAAACACCCUCUGAAAUCAAAUGUACUGUACCUGGGUUACGUGCAAACAUUGCUAAUGCUUAACUAUUCCUUUUCUGUUGUGCCUCAUCUGCAGUUCUAGGACAGUAUUGUGUUACUGUACUUUACAAUAAGCUUUUUAAAAUGAAUUGUUAUGCAAGUGGUG